AUGGCUGCCAUUGUGUGUCCCUGGGGUUUUCUUGUGAAUGAUGGCCUGAACCAAGACAACAGCAAGAAUGGUUUGGCACCUCCCAAGGCAAGGACCUUUGCUUCCAUUGUUUCAGAUACCACGGAAUCAUCUAUUGCACUCAGUCAACUACCAAUCCCUACAGUGAGAGGGGAAGUUACUUAUAUUAAAAUUUCUGAGGACGUUUACCAGGAGCAACUUCGGACUUGUCGAUCCAACCUUAUUGGUCGUCUUCUUUUGCGGAAGGGUUCUAUGCCUAUGAAAACUGUUGAUCUCAAGCGUGCCCUUUCUGUCUUAUGGCGGCUCCAUGGGGAUUGGAGGCUUAUUCCUUUAGGAAAGGGUUAUUUUGAUAUUCAUCUCGACACUGAGGAUGACAUGCGCCGUAUCUGGGGGGGUGGCGCAUGUACUCUAGCAAACGGUAUUUUUCGUCUUUCUCAAUGGGUUCCUGAUUUUCAACCUGGUAUGGUGGUGCCCCAAACCCAUGCUCAGGUAUGGGUUAAGUUUUUUGGGUUAAGUCAGGAUUAUUGGCACCCCCGAACCCUGAUGGAAAUUGCCCGAGGCAUUGGCACUCCACUGCAGCUUGAUAAUGCAACUAGAGAGCGUCUAUAUGGGUACUUUGCUCGGGUUCUGGUCGAUGUUGAUCUUACAGGUGAGCUUCCAUCUUCCAUUAUGGUUGAACGAGAAAACUAUGGCUUUCCGGAGACUCACUUCAACAAGGAGCAGCAGCUACCUCCGAAGUGUUCAACCGACGGCCAAGGUGCUAAACAGAUUUAUAGGCCAGUUCCAAAAUCCACUGCCAUUGAUAAUAGCAUUUCACUUGGUCCCACAGCCACACACACUCCUGGGAUGCCAGUAGAUGUAGUUUCUGCUUCUGCUAUUGUAGAUGCAGUAAUUGAACGUGCUGCUUUGGAUCAUAGUGAAGCCAUUCCUGACAUUGUGGCUAAUGAGCAAGUGAUUAGUCAAGAGGAUCAUGAGCUCAUUGCUCCCCAUCAUCCUGCUGAUGUACAAGGUGAUAAUUUUGUUUUGAAACAAGUAAGGCCUUUCCCUGCCUUGGAAGCGUCUGCGCCUUCUCAUGAUCCCAGACCAAGGCCGCAUUCAUGGCAUGAUAUAUUUUUUGAGGAAGCUGAAACCCAGACUAAUGUUUCAAAUAAUAGCGACACCAUUGCGUCUCCCACUCUUACUCAUCCUGUUUUGGGGAAUGAGGAUCAUGGUUGCAAUGCCAGAGGAAGUGUGUCUGCUCCUGCAUCACAUGUUAUUAUUUCUCAAAGCAAUGACGCUGAGGAUUCUAAUCAAUCACUCUAUCUUGUGCUCACAAAGUCUCAAAGGAAACGAAUGCGCAAACAGGCUUGUGAUAUAGACCGAACGGUGCCUGCAGUCUCAUACACCCUCAGAGAUAGGGCAACUAUAAAAAAAGGUUACUAG